AUGGCACGUGACGUCCGCGCAUGCGAGGUCUGCGCUUAUCCGGACCUCCGACUGCCAGCCGAGUACGAAGCACAUGUGACCGUCUGCCGGGAGGAUGCAAGGAUGCGAGUGGAGCUGCGUGAGCAGAUAGAUUCAGUCCGGGACCUUGAUGCGGUGCUCGAUGAAAUCAACCAGGCAGAAGAAGCUGAGGCACGUCGCCUCCGUGGGCCGGAUCUUUUGAGCAGCGAAGCGGCUCCAGAAGACGAUCAGCUGGAUUUAGCCAUAGCACACAGUCUACAGGAUGAAUUUGACAGCCGCAACCCGCAGGAAGAGGCGGAUCGGCUGAUUGCAGAGCAAUUUGCGCAAUUCGGCUCACAGCCAAUGAUUGAGAGCGAUGAUGAUUCCGACUUGGAAGCAGCCCCUGUUGCGGACCCUGGCCCAAGCACCCGCCAAACCAAUCAGAGAGCGCCACGUCAGCACGGAGCCGAAGCAAACCCGGGCCCCAGUACAUGCGGACCCAAUGGGGCGGCGCCACGUCAGCACGAGGCUGACGCGCUCUGGACGGACGGCCAGCUCGCCAAGCCCAUGUUCCUCUUCGAGAACGUAGUCAACGCGCCACGUGGCACCUGGAGAAUCAUCGAGAAAGAGCUCGAGCUGCCCGCUGAGGCGCUCAACUCCGACCUCUUCUCGGCAUGUCAGCGCGCGCGCAAGUAUGUGCACAACCUGCCCCCCCACCCGCGCACACCGGUGCCCGACCCGAGGAAAGAGCUCAUCACCAUGCAGUCGGUGCUGCCCCCCAGCCACCUCCGAGGCACUCCCCCCUGGGACAAGCGCAAGAAGCUGCGCUGCAUCAACACGCAGACGAUCUGGCCCCGCCGGCUGGCGUUUCUGAACAACGAGCUGGCAACGCUGGGGGAGGCGGCCCCGCCCGCCAAGUCUCUAGAAAUGAUUGCGUACCACAACCUGGCGUGGGUGGCGGGCGGCCGGCUGCGGCGGCUGGAGGCGCGCGAGAUCGAGACGGUCAUGGGCUUCCCGGAAGACCACACCGCGUGCUUUGGCUCGAGCGUCGAGAGGGUGAAAGCGCUCGGGGAGUCGUUUCAAGUGGAUACGGUGAUGCAUCUGCUGUCGCCGCUACGGGGGCGGGAGCGAGAGGCGCAUCCGGACGGGCUCAGCGUUCUCUCGCUUUUCGACGGCAUUGGGGCGGCGGCGGUGGCCCUGGACAGACUGGGGAUCAAGGUGCGGCGGUACUGGACGUCCGAGAUCAAUGCGGACGCUCAAGAGGCCGUUUCCCUAAGGUGGAGAUCCAACGAGAAGCCGCCUGACGCACUCCAACGCCUGGGUGACGUGACGACCAUAACAGACGAAAAGCUGAGGCAAAUGGUCGAUGAAGAGGGGGGCAUCGAUCUCAUCGUCGGCGGAAGCCCCUGCAACAACCUGACGGGAAGCAACCGGGUGUGCCGGGACGGCCUGGAAGGAGUUCAGUCCAAACUCUUCUACGAGUACGUCAGAAUUGUGCAAACGACGAUGCGGCUUUACCGCCAUUUUGUCCCGAGCACCGCCGCGCACUCCCCUGGGCAGCACACCAACCGGUUGCUCUGGCUGUUGACGAAUUUGACGUUCUGGUUAGUCAAAGAGAUGCAGCUUGAGAAGAAGGGAGCUACCUACCGCAAGCCGAAGCGGGGGAGCAAGUGA